CCCUUUUCCUCUGCUGGCUCCAGCGCAGAACAUGGCAGUGGUUCCAAAGGAACAGACCCAUCAACAUCAACCACUAUGCCAACAAGAAGAGUGCAGCUGAGAGCAUGCUGGACAUCGCCCUGCUGAUGGCCAACGCCUCCCAGCUCAAAGCUGUCAUGGAGCAAGGACCCUCCUUCUCCUUCUACAUCCCACUGAUCAUUCUCAUCAGCCUGUCGCUCACCCUGCAAGUUAUGGUGGGAGUGCUCCUGAUAUUCCUUGUAAAAUAUGACCUUAACAACCCUGCAAAACACGGAAAGUUGAAUUUCCUCAACAACCUUGCAACUGGACUGGUAUUCAUUAUAGUAGUUGUGAAUAUUUUUAUCACUGCCUUUGGAGUACAGAAACCAGUUGCAGAGUCAGCAUCAAGACAGUGAGGAGCAGAGACCUGGAGCAUUCACUGUAGAUGCCAUUUGCACUUGAGCCAGCUACACUGGUCACAGUGGGAAGGAAAAAAUGAUUUGAAGAAGCUGGACACACCAAGCAGCUUUCUCAGGCUUCCAACACACUUGCAUACCUGAAAUUUUCCCAUGUGUUAAUAUUUAAACUGUUUGGCACCUAAGAAAAGGUUGAUUUUGCCCCAAGGACGCUGUUUUUCUGGAAUACUAGCAUUUCAAUUUCUGAAGAAACUUAAUUUUUUUUUUGAGAAGCGACGUAAACGCAUAGAACAAGGAAAUAUCAUCUUGCAGCAAUUCACAAGACUUUUCUUUUUACAUGGCUUUGGUUUUUGUGGCAAUUUGUCAUUUCCACCAUGGUAGGAAAUGUCAGGCCUUUGAUUCUGGUGUGGUGACAUGGUCCUUUAUUUCACAGCUUGCCAGCAAGCCCAUGUGCUGUGUAGCCCAGCAGGGCUCUUCCUUUGCAGCGUGUAAAGGUAGCUGUGCCUUGUUUUUCUUUUCUUCCACUCUAGCUAAAGCAAAGAUGAGACAAACAGAAACAAACAGCAUUCUUUUUUCUUUCACAGGUAAUCAUUUGUAUUGUUUCUUCUGGACACACUUAAAAUUCCCAUGUCCUUCAUUAGGUUAUAACAAGAACCUAAUUGUUAAUGGUUUCGUACCAUGAA